ACAACUGAAGCUCCAGCGACAACCACAACUGCAGCACCUACUACUACAAUGACAACUGUAGCUCCUACAACUUCUACAACUGAAUCACCUACUACGACAACUGCAACUUCAGCUCCUACGAUAACCACAACUGCAGCUCCUACUACAACAACUUUAGAUCCUACUACCACUACAACAGAAGCCCCUACAACGACAACUGUAGCUCCUACGACUUCUACAGCUGAAGCACCUACUACAACAACUACAAAUGCAGCUCCUACGACAACCACAACUGCAGCUCCUACUACAACAACUAUAGAUCCUACAACCACUACAACAGUAGCACCUACAACAACAACUGAAGCUCCAACGACAAACACAACACCGACUACAACCAUUACAACAGAAGCACCUAUAACAACAACUGUAGAUUCUAAAACAACAACUGUAGCUCCUACGACCACUACAACAGUAGCACCUACUACAACAACUACAACUGAAGCUCCUACGACAACCACAACUACAGCACCUACUAAUACAAUGACAACUGUAGCUCCUACGACAACCACAACUGCAGCACCUACUACUACAAUGACAACUGUAGCUCCUAUGACUACUACAACUACAACUGAAGCUCCUACGACAACCACAACUGCAGCACCUACUACUACAAUGACAACUGUAGCUCCUACGACAACCACAACUGCAGCACCUACUACUACAAUGUCAACUGUAGCUCCUACGACUUCUACAACAGAAUCACCUACUACGAAAUCUACAACUGUAGCUCCUACCACUUCUACAACUGAAUCACCUACUACGACAAUGACAACUGAAGCUCCAACGACAACCACAUCACCUCCUACAACCAUUACAACAGAAGCACCUAUAACAACAACUGUAGCUUCUACAACAACAACUGUAGCUCCUAUGACCACUACAACAGCAGCACCUACUACUACAACUACAACUGAAGCUCCUACGACAACCACAACAACUACGACAACCACAACUGAAGCACCUACUACUACAAUGACAACUGUAGCUCCUACAACUUCUACAACUGAAUCACCUACUACGACAACUGCAACUUCAGCUCCUACGAUAACCACAACUGCAGCUCCUACUACAACAACUUUAGAUCCUACUACCACUACAACAGAAGCCCCUACAACGACAACUGUAGCUCCUACGACUUCUACAGCUGAAGCACCUACUACAACAACUACAAAUGCAGCUCCUACGACAACCACAACUGCAGCUCCUACUACAACAACUAUAGAUCCUACAACCACUACAACAGUAGCAACUACAACAACAACUGAAGCUCCAACGACAAACACAACACCGACUACAACCAUUACAACAGAAGCACCUAUAACAACAACUGUAGAUUCUAAAACAACAACUGUAGCUCCUACGACCACUACAACAGCAGCGCCUAUUACGACAACUACAACUGAGGCUCCUACAACAACCACAACUGCAUUCCUACUACAACAACUUUAG